UAUUGGAGAUGUCCACACGUUACAGUGGUGAGAUGUCUCUAACAAUCAAAUAACUUUUAAAACAUCUAGAGAAGGAAUCGGGUUGUUUUUCCAUUUUAACUUCUUACACAGGCAUUAGUGUAACUAGAAAUGGAUGUUCCCCGGUGAAAAGUAGUGAAAAUCUCUCGCUACCAUCACAAAGAAGUUUGCAAACUGAGCUAACAGCCUAGCCAAGUUAACAUUGACCUAGCUCUCACGUUUGGAAGCUUAUUUUUUGUGAAGGACGCCGAAUAACAAAUCAUACAAAUUAUGUAAGCGAUUAAAUGAGUUUCUGUCGUGUGUAAAUUGCACCCUUGACUGGCUGAAGGUGCUUUCUCUACCUUCAAAGUUGUGCGUGGAACUUUGUCGACGGCUUUGUAAGUUGGGAUGUCGAGCAGAAACGGAACGGUGCGGGGAGGAGGUAACCCUGGUCUGCAGCCUCUUCGUGCCACUGUUCCAUUCCAGCUCCACAACAAAACACAGCUACUCCUAAAGGAUGCCAAGACAGACAGGAACAAGGCAAGGCCCCCAAAGCCAUCAUCCCUGCGUCGGACACACUCUCUGGACACACUGGUGGCCCCUUACUUGCAGGGCCAGUGGCCCAAGGAGCCGGAGGUGCUACACAUCACAAGCGUCAAUGACAAGGCCACACAGACUCCCAGCUCCUGGGCGGAGGAGAGCAGGGGGAGGAGAGGAGGGGGAGGCCACAAGCGCUCAGCGUCCUGGGGGAGUGCAGAGCACCUGAGGGAGGUCGCCAAGCUACGCCAUUCAUUACAGAAGCGCUUCAGACACGCCCCUCCAGCAGGGAACACCGAAAGGCCAUCCCACCCUCUCCCCGGCAACCAUGCCACACAGACGGCCCCUCAGACCACCCUGAGCCGUCUGGCACCCCGACUGAGGCGCAGUGUAGAGGGGCUUAACCUGGAGCUGGAGGGGGUGUUCGUCUCUGAGGCCCCAGAACAGCAACACAAGGUACUGGACGUUCCAGAUGGGCACCGAGCACCGGUCCCGACCCAGCGCUGCAGCAGUGGCUCCCAGAGUGACCCGUCUCCUGCCCAGCUCUCCCCCUCACACUCCCCCUGUCUAAUGGCCGACCCCGACAUGGUGGGCUGCGGGACCCUGUACCCCCCCUCUCCCUCAACCUCGCCCUCGCCUUCGCCCUCCCUCUCGCCCUCUCCACCCCCCAACGUGGUGCAACCGCCCUCCUUCCUGCCCGCCUACUCCCCUCGACCCAACAAGACCUACGCCUUCCAGAGAGAGCCCCCGGAGGGCUGCGAGAAAGUGCGGGUGUGGGAAGAGGCUGUAGCCAACUCGCAGGAGGAGCCCGCUCUUCUACCCUCCUGUCCGGACCCCAAUAAAGUCAAUUUCACCCCCCACGGAGGCUCCGCCUUCUGCCCCGUCAGCCUCCUCAAGCCCCUCCUACCCUCCAUGGACCUGCUCUUCCGUGGCCUCUCAGUCUCGCCCGUCACUGGCUGCCCUGGACAGUGUCCCGCCCCUUGCCCAGCAUCGGGUCCUGCUAUUGGUGGAUACCUGAGCGGGAGCCUCCCCGACCCCAGCAGCUAAAGCAUGUAGCACUGAAUGCAUCACGACCAGCGGCAAGAGCAGCUCGCAGGAAAAGGAAAAAAAAAAAAUCAAAGAUGACAUUCGCCUCUCCCUUUUUACUCUUUGGACAUUCUUGGACAUUUGAUACAGUGAGUGAACAUCUGGACCGUAGACUGACAAAGUGCUCUUGCUUUCACAAUAUAGCCUACCUACACGCACAUUAUAGAAGCAAAACCAAAUGCCAACGCAUAGAAUAUAACCUCAAGCUGCAGCAGCGCUACCAUCCCAAGUGGAAGCACAUGGAUAACUUUUUGACUACAUACAGAAGGCUGUAAUUUUUUUCUCUCGACCUUCUUCUGUCCAAUCUCUGCUGAAACAGAGAAGACUGUAAGAGGUUUUGGUUAUCCAUUAACACAAGACCAGAUGUGUGUCUGUAUGUACGCACACACGAAUGUGUGUAUGAGCGUGUAUGUGUGUGUGCGCACGUGUGCUGUCUCAUUUUUUAGUUUUGUACGGUAGACGACUGUUCAUUUUUUAAACAGUAAGUUAUAACGUGUUUAGUAGACAUAGCCCAUUUACUCCUUUGGGUAUAUUGUUCAUCAGCCUUAUAAGGUACAGACAGGUACCAACGACAAGCUGAUGUGGUCAAUCUCAGGACUGCAAAUGGUGGUACCACAAUCAAGACUUGGAAGCAGUUCAAACGUAUGUGGAUGUUUUUGAAAACGCAUUGGUUUCAGAAUCUUGUUUAUAUGUAAACAGAGUUUUAGAAAUCUCCUUUUAAAAAUAUCAGUUGGAAAAAAUAUCCAUUUCAGGGGUCUAAAGCGCACCUGUCACAAUGAUAUUUUUAUUUUUAUCCACGCGCUGUGUAUACUAGUAUGUGAACGGAUAAAAACGUUCUCACAUUUAAAAAAAUAUAUAUCCACAUGCGUGUAAUGAGCAGGUCAGCUAGCAAAAAAACUCUCUUGGUGAUGGACUGAAUGAGUCAUGUCCGAACUGAGCACCUAUUCACUAUACAGGGUGUGAAUGAUGCUGGGGUGCGUUUCUCAAAGGCGUAGUUGCUAGCCAGUUAACAACUUGGGUAGUUGCCAAUGGAUAAUUGCAUUGCAAACAACAAAGUAGCUAAUGUAGUUAACAACUAUGGUUUCGAGAAAUGCACCCUUGAUUUGUAACCAGCAUAAUGUUUCAUAUAGUGAAUGGAUGAGGGAACCGUUUGGAUUUUGCCUUAGAGUGAUGGUACUCACGAAGGACAAAAGCCUCAAAGCACCAGCUCACUGAUCAAUCUGCAGAUACAAGGACUGGCAGCAUGAAAAUAAGAAUAAAAAGCGAUUCAAAACUUUUUCUUUUUCUUUUUCUUUUUUACAAGCAUUGCUAUAGCCUGUAUUUUUUGUAUUUUUUUAUCCAAUACGGUCAGUGUCAUCUUGUACUGGUUGAGAAAUGUGGUACUACAUCUUUUAAGCUUUUCCUGUCUACUGUGAGCAUAUGUAGUGUUCGGUUUGUUUUUCUUUUCCCCUGUAAACAUAAGGUUAACUGUGUGGUGAGGUUCCAUCAAGCAUGAUGUCAAACAGCCACAAAUACUCCUACUACUGUUGUUGCCCCUAAAAAGCAAAGGUGGUGAAAUGAGGUGGGGGGGGGGAAACCAAGGGCCAGUUCACCCUGGGCUGUGGUGUUCUGGAGUAUUGUGUAUAUAUUUUUUCUUUUAUGAAAGAUGUAUGAAAUGUUGGGGAGAUGUAGAGGAUUUUGUUUAGUUAGACCGAUGAAAGGGGGGAUCAUUUGAUAAGGUAGCAUUGAAGGCCGUUGAAAAAGCUAUGGUGGUUCCAGUUAAGUUCUGAGUUGAAAUGUUACUGCAUACAAUCAAUGGCAUAUAGUUGAAAAAAAGGUUCACACAGAUGGUUCAAGUUUUCAUGUUGCUGGAGUUUUUCAUCUGUCAGGGUGCACAGUUAUCUUGGGGAGUUCACUGUGUUCUGAGUUCAUGUGUUUUUGCGAAUUAAAAGGCGUACACUUAA